AGACCCCGUUCUGGAACGAGAAGGCGGUUGGAGAUGAGAAGCUGCCACGCGAGGGUCGAUCAUGAGCAUCGAGAGACUCGGCAGUGCGAUCGGGGAUUCCCUUGGCUCUAGCCUGACGGUACGCAUGAGCGGCGCAGGCGGAAUCCGGAGUCCUCUCUCCCUGAAAUCCGCUGUUCGGAUCACCUCCCUCCUCCAAACCAUAGUCCCCACCAGCUACACCAAGCUCCAGGAGGAGCGCCUGCCUAUGGCCGACCUCGGGGCCAAACCCGAAGCCGGCGCGCUCCAGAACGGCUACAGACAAGAGACGCUUCACCUGGAAGGCCGACGGCUGUUGGACCGCGCUUCUCGCUCCUCUGUCACUCUGUCGGACUCCGGAGAUGGAAACUACUCGGAACUGGAGCCGAUGUUGGUCGAGAGGAGCCCGUCCGGGGACGAGGCGGAUGGCGAAGAGGAUGAGGAGGAAGGGACGCAGCCUGCCAUGAACAUUCUGCCCAAGGAGUCCCCCCUGGCCAUGGCUUUUCAGAUCCUCGUCCCUUUUCUGUUGGCCGGUUUUGGAACGGUAUCAGCCGGUAUGGUGCUGGACAUUGUGCAGCACUGGGAGGCGUUCCGCUACAUCACCGAAAUCUUCAUCUUGGUUCCCGCUCUUCUCGGCCUCAAGGGCAACUUGGAGAUGACGCUGGCGUCGCGCCUCUCGACGGCGGUGAAUGUGGGCAAGAUGGACUCGCCGAUUGAGAAGUGGAAUCUAAUCAUCGGCAACCUGGCACUCAAGCAGGUUCAGGCCACUGUGGUGGGCUUCUUGGCCGCCGUGGCGGCCGUGGUUCUCGGCUGGAUUCCGGAGGGCAAGUUCCAGAUGAGCCACGCCGUGCUGCUGUGCUCCAGCAGCGUCGCCACGGCCUUCAUCGCUUCCCUGCUGCAGGGUUUCAUCAUGGUGGGCGUGAUUGUGGGCUCCAAGAAGACGGGCAUCAACCCGGACAAUGUGGCCACGCCCAUCGCCGCCAGUUUCGGUGACCUCAUCACCUUGGCCAUCCUGGCUUGGAUCAGCCAGGGCCUCUACAAGUGCCUUGAUCCUUACCCGUACGUCUCCUCCCUGGUGUGUGCCUUCUUCAUGUGUCUGACGCCACUGUGGAUGGUCAUCUCCUCCAAGCACCCGGCCAGCCGCACCCUGCUCUACUCGGGAUGGGAGCCGGUCAUCACGGCCAUGAUCAUCAGCAGCAUCGGAGGGCUGAUCUUGGACAAAACGGUGUCUGACCCCAAUCUGGCUGGAAUUGUGGUCUACACGCCCGUGAUCAACGGUAUCGGAGGGAACCUGGUGGCCAUUCAGUCCAGCCGGAUCUCCACUUUCCUGCACUUCCACUUUGCCCCCGGGGAGGUCCCCGAGGAGGCCAAGGGCUGCUACUACCCCUGCCGCACCUUCUUCGGCACAGGGCCCAAUCACCGAUCCGCUCAGGUUCUCCUCCUCCUGGUCAUCCCCGGCCAGCUGAUCUUCCUCUACACCAUUCACCUGAUGAAGAGCGGCCACACCACGCUGACGCCCAUCUUCAUGUCCGUCUACCUGGCCGCUGCUCUGCUGCAGGUGUUGCUGCUGUUGUGCAUCGCCGACUGGAUGGUGCACUCCAUGUGGCGCAGCGGCAAAGACCCCGACAGCUUCUCCAUCCCCUACCUGACGGCGCUGGGCGACCUGCUGGGCACCGCUCUGCUGGCGCUCAGCUUCCACUUCCUGUGGCUCAUCGGUGACCAGGACAGCGACGUGGGCGACUGACGGGUGACGUACUUUGCCAUCCGUUUCCGCAGCUCGCAAUCGUGGAGACUUUUGCACCGGAGCACUUGCGUAUGACUCUGCUCGUCCUUUCAAACGCCCCUGAAAAGUCCUCCGCUUGGCUGGAAUGAUUCUUGGAUUGACUUUAUCCUGGGAACUCUGCGCGAGUGGCAAAGUUGCAAUAAGAGUUCCAAAUUGGUUGGCGCAACGGAUGCCAGAGGAGACGGUCGCAUCUAGCACCCUUUUGUUCACGACAUUGCGGGAUUUUGCGCACGUACGACAGGAUCUCGUAUUCAAUCCAGGAGCCCGCGUGCCUCUUGGGAUUGACUGGUUGACAAAAUGUUUCUCAGUGGAUGUCAGUUUUACACCCCCCCGCCUCCCUAGAAAAAAAACAAAACCUUGCCAUGUAGCAGCAGCGUAUGCCAUUUAAAUGUUUUUGUCUAAAUAAAUAUUUCCAAUAUCCUA